CUGUUUGUUCAGUCGUGGCUAAUUUGCGGAACUGCAGUCCCUGCUGCAGAGCUUCAACAACAGAGCCCUGCUUGUUCGGUUUUCCGGAAAACCAGCUCUGAUUCCAACCAGCUGUUUCCCGCCUCACACAGAUCAGCUGCGCACACACACACAUACAGAGUCGUAGUAGGCGGAGGCUGGAAGGCAACACACAUACACACACACACACACGCUGGAGGGAACCCCAUCAGCUGUGGAAAGAAACACCUCGAUUUUACUUUUCGUUUUUCCUUCCCUCCUUCUCAGAUUGAAUUUUAGAGCGGGGUUUUAGGAACUGCGCUACCUUGGGUCGCCUUUGCGGGUUCUGCGAUAUUAACGAAAAACACAAUACUUCAACGAGAGCACACGAGUGGGAAGGGGAAGAAAACAGCAAACACGAACUACAGAAGGUGGCUUUGAAAGCAUGGACUAUGUCAGGAUGCCGACAGAGAAGAUAACAUCCCUGCAGCACUUCAAGCGGACGGAGAAGGAUGUUAUCGGCGGGCUUUGCAGCCUGGCGAACAUCCCCCUCAGUCCGGAGACGGCCCAGGACCAGGAGAGACGGAUCCGUCGGGAAAUCGCCAACAGCAACGAGCGGCGGCGUAUGCAGAGCAUCAACGCCGGAUUUCAAUCCCUCAAAACACUCCUGCCACACACAGACGGAGAGAAGCUCAGCAAGGCCGCCAUCCUUCAACAAACAGCGGACUACAUCUUUACCUUGGAGCAGGAAAAAACCCAGCUGCUGACCCAGAACAACCAGCUCAAACGCUUCAUCCAGGAGUUCAGCGGCUCCUCACCCAAAAGGAGGCGAGCCGAGGAGAAGGACGAAGGCAUCGGGUCUCCGGACACGCUGGAGGAGGAGAAGGUGGAGGAGCUGAGGAGGGAGAUGAUCGAGUUGCGGCAGCAGCUGGACAAGGAGCGCUCGGCUCGCAUGCAGCUGGAGGAGCAGGUGAUCUCAGCUGUGCGGUCUCUGGACGGCCAGCUGCACCCGGAGCGUCUGAAGGUGAUCACCCAGCAGGUGGAGGAGGAGCAGGCCCUCAUCCAGAGCCAGACGCUGCUGCGGCUACAGCAGAUCCACGCCGCUGCAGCCGACAGACAAACACACAGUCCUCAGGUGCUGGCUCCGCCCACUCCGCCUGCUCCAACCCACCACCCCACUGUCAUCGUCCCAGCUCCAACACUAAACCAACACCAUCACGUCACUGUGGUGACCAUGAGCCCAUCUGUCCACACCAGCACCGUGUCCACUUCCAGACAGAACCUGGACACCAUUGUGCAGGCCAUCCAGCACAUCGAGCGCACCCAGGAGAGAAGAGGCAGCUCCGAGGACGAGCAGAGGAGAGCCGUCAUCGUCAGCCCCACCCACGUCGCCAUGGACACCGCCUGCUCGGACACAGACACGGACACGGAGGGCGAAGACUGUUUGAUGAACUGACCCGCUCCCACCCACCCUGAACUCCUGCCUACCCCCGCCCCUCCAACACGCACACAAACACUUAAGACACCCUACUCACUGUAAGAUUCCCUCCAGGAGCUUGACUACUCACGUUAAUCUGUCUUUGGCAUUACCUAAACUCCUAAAUCCAGUGGUUUAAGCUCUGCGUCAAGUUUUGUACUGUAAUUUUUCAGAGUAUUGAAGAGGUAGGAGGGUCAGCGUGCAGGAUCCGUUGGAUCUCUGCAGCUACUUGAAUAAUCAAACGGUCUACUUGUAGAAAAAUAAGGAAAGAAAAAAAAAAAAAAAAAAAGGCUGUUGGCCCCCUGAUGUUUCUCGUUUGUGCGUGCUCUCCUCAUAGUCCCUGAAUCAUCGUCGCCCUCUUUCUGUCACUCCUGACAGUGCAGCUACAAUCUAAAGGAGUCAAUUUAUCAGAAAGCUGAAUGUAACGACACAAUAAGCAAGGAGAUCCUUAUUCACAUGUUUUGUUUUUCGUAUAUUUCUGGUGGCUGUCAAAUCUUAAGCUAUUAAAUACUAAAUUUCACAAUUUGAACCUACACAUAAAAUCUUAUUUACUUGAAG